AUGGCUUCUACGGACAUCUUCGGCGACCUAAUCUCGCGCGUCGACAACCUGGAUCUCAACAUAGACGAAGAUGUAAACGAUAUGGUCUCGGGUAUUAGAAAGCUGGAUAUCAACUCGUCCGAGAGCUCCCAAGAUGAUUCCAAAGCAUCAGAUGCACCUGUCGAGUCCACGGAUCUGGCCAAUAAUGCCCCAGGCUUCAAAAAGCCAAGCCGAAAACCACAGCAGAAGAAGGCUAACUGUAGUACGUUACUAGACCGUCACAACCGCGCCAUCGCGCAGAUCCUGUCGCACUUCCGCAACAUGGUCAUGGCUGCUACCGCACCCAUCUCGCAAGGCGGCAACGUCCUUGAGCUCGCUGCGCUCAACCGCAUGACCAUGGAGACUGAGUCUGCCGCUUUGAUCUCCGAAGUCCAAGGCCUUCUAGCCAUCAACCGGGAAAUCAAAGCUCUAUGGAUCCGCGGGCCACUCCGACAGCCCGGCGAGAGCGACACCCGCGAGGCUGAGCUCGACAAGCAGGCCGCGGACGUCGCGCGCCUUUACGAUCGCGCCAUCGAGAUGCGGGAAGCUACUAUCCGCCAGCAGAACGCUGCUAAGGCCGGAGGUGAUCUCUCCGCGAGUUCCUAG